AUGGCAGCCGCCGUUAAUCCCCGUGAUGUGGCUCCAUACUUGAAUCCUUCCCUCCCUCCCCCGGAGCGUGCUGCCGAUCUCUUGGAUCGCAUGACCUGGGAAGAGAAGAUUGGCCAGUUAGGUGGAGUGAGGAGAGCCUUCGGUACAUCUACGGGGAAGCCAACGUUUAACAGGUCAUCGUUUGAGACGGUACACGCUACCCAGAACGGCCAGGUCGGCUACGGUCCCCAAGCGAAUUGGGCCCACGAUCUACUGCCAAUGAUGAACGGCCUGCGGGCCGAGCAGCUUAAUUCUUCGCGUCUCGGCAUCCCGUAUAUCGUGAUAGCUGAUUCGGUGAAUGGAUUAUGGUUUUCCGGUGGCACACUUUUCCCCGGUACAGUAUCCAUGGCCUCGUCAUGGAAUCUCCCACUCUACGGCGAUGUUGUCGCCGCCAUUCGCGACGAAAAUCUUGCCAUGGGCGUGAAUUGGGUUCUUUCCCCCGAAGUGGACAUAACUAGGGACCCUCGGAAUGGCCGCAAUGGCGAGAUGUAUGGUGAGGAUACCUAUCUCGUUGGUGAGUUCGCAACGCGCUACGUCCAGACGAUGCAGGAAAAGGACGAUGGUGGCUGGGUCAAAAUCGCCACCACCAUCAAGCACUUUGUUUUCGGCGCAGGCAGUGGCGGCGUCAACCGUGCUAGCAUGGAAGGUGGUAUCAACCACAUCCUCAACGAUCUCGCACCUCCUUACCGCAAGGUUAUCCCGGAAGCUCAGCCCAUGUCACUGAUGGCAUCUUACUCGACUGUUGACGGAGUGCCCAUGUCUAUCAACAAGUAUCUCCUCCAGGAUGUCCUUCGCAGUAUCCUUGGUUUUGAAGGCCUUAUCAUGUCAGAUGCCAAUGCCAUCGAGUAUCUAUUCACAGAGGCCAAAGUGGCCUCCUCACGAGAGGACGCUGCGUUGAAAGCGUUGGCCGCGGGGCUAGAGCACGAGCUACACCCAGGCGGUCACGGCCUGUUCUCGGAUUUGAUAGACCCUGCGCACGGAGGCGACCCGUCCAUUGCGUCUCUGGUUAACGAGUCGGUCCGAGCAUUUCUUGAAAUCAAAUUUGCAACUGGCAUGUUCGAUCGGCCUUUGCCAACCGUCGAGAAUAUGAAAGCCACUCUCCGUAACAAGCGCCACUUGGGGCUCAAUCGGAACAUUACGCGCGAGUCGCUCGUCAUGCUCAAGAACGACGGUUUCCUUCCGAUCAGCCGCGACCAAAUAUCAUCAUCAGAGGGCAAGAUUGCUGUCAUCGGGCCCUAUGCUGAUAUUAUUAAUGCCGGUAACUACGCCCCGGCUGACCCUCUUGACCGACGUUACGGCGAUUCGAUUCGCCGCAGCUUUGAAAGGGAGCUGGGGAGAGACAAGAUUGUCUACGCCAAGGGGACUAGCACCAUCCUUCCGAAUUACGAUGACGAUGGAUCCGCAGAUGAUGAGGCUAUCGCCGAAGCCGUUGACGUAGCCAAGGGCGCCGAUCUGGCCGUCAUCGUGCUCGGCUCGGGCUUCGGCAACUUCGAUACCAGCUUCAUCAAUAACGACCGCACGGAUACCGAGGGCUUUGCACACGCGGAUCUCGGAUUCCCGGGGAAACAACAGCACCUUCUAGACGCCGUCCUUGACACCGGUGUACCGACUGUCCUCAUUAUGAAUUCGGGCCAGACUUUCGUCAUAAACGACUCUACCAUGUCGCGUUGCCGCGCCAUCUUCCACGCCUGGCUGGCGGGAGAGUUCACUGGAGACGCCGUUGUCGAGACGCUGCUGGGCCAAGUUAAUCCCAGCGGUAAACUCACCGUCACGAUGCCUCAACACAACGGGGCUUUCCCGGCCGCAUACGAUUUUCUGCCCUCGGACGCAGUCGGCGGGUUCGGAGGAGCGACUCUUUAUGACUGGCACUGGCCACAGCUGACGCGCAAGGCGCCGCUCGCCUUCGGGUUCGGGUUGAGCUAUACGACGUUCAACUUCUCUAGGGCUUCGAUCUCGACACAACAACAACGCAGGGGGAACGAUACCAGUGCCGUGUCGGUUUCCGUAACCGUCACUAACUCGGGGGACGUCGCUGGGAAGGAGGUCGUUCAGUUGUAUUACCGUCCUCAGCACACCAUCAUCGAGUUCCCUGUGAUGAAGCUGAUUCGGUUUGUCAAAAUCACACUAGAGCCGGGUGAGUCGAAGGAGGUUGUCCUCAACACGGUUCCUAUCAAGGAAUUAGGUUAUUUCGUGAACGGCAAGUGGAAUGUAGACCGAGGCAAUUACUCUUUCUGGGUGGGCAGCAGCUCUAGAGGGGAAGAUUUGACAUGUCUCGACGUCUAUAUAUUCUAA